UUGGAACACGCUCUCCUACAGCGAGCGGCAGUUCUACACGUCAGUCGGAGGUGGUGUUGUGAGAAGAAGAGCUGUCACCGGUUCGCGAACGUAAACAACGGCUGCCACGGAUCCAGCGUUUCCCGACACGCCUGCUAAGGAUUAUAUGUAACCGCCGACGUUUGCCUAACAGCGUUGGUACGCAUUUCAGACGUUUUGUGAUCGUUGUAAGGACGCCGUUAAACGCCGUAGGAAAACAGGGCGACAGACGUUAGUUAACAGGUUCACCUGAAAGGCUUGACCACAGAAUGUGUGCCAAACGUUGGGCUAACUAGCUUUAACUUGCGCGGUGGGACCAGCCUGAUAUCGAUUCGGCUCGAGCCUGGGCUAUCUGGGUGAACUCCUCGUGCACUAAGAGCCAUUAGCCAGUCAAUAAUAACAGGACAUGGUUCCAUAAACUGUUGCUCCGCACAGAGAUACAUCCUCUCAGCUUAGCUAACACUACCGGCGUAUAUUUAACCACCCCAGCGUCAUAUGCCGGAGGAAAUGUCCGAUAACCAGAGCUGGAACUCUUCCGGGUCCGAGGAAGAUUUGGAGCCCAGAGAUGAGCCUGGACAUCCUGUCGGUGUGGGCGAGUUCAGCGGCAUCCUCAGUAAAUGGACAAACUACAUCCACGGCUGGCAGGACCGUUGGGUUGUACUGAAAAAUAACACUCUGAGCUACUACAAGUCCCAGGAUGAGACGGAGUACGGCUGCCGUGGAUCCCUGUGCCUUAGCAAAGCUGUUAUUACUCCUCAUGAGUUUGAUGAGUGCCGACUGGACAUUAGUGUGAACGACAGCGUGUGGUACCUCAGAGCACAAGACCCAGAGCACAGAAACCAGUGGAUUGACUCCAUUGAGCUGCACAGGUGUGUCAGAGAGGGGAGCAAAGUGAGGGGAGGAGUCCUUGGAACAGUAUUGGUUCCUACACCACUGGCUGAUUCCGGAUACGGCUCAGAGUCUAGUCUGCGGAGACAUGGCUCCAUGCUGUCUCUUACAUCAGCCACCAGUGGCUACUCUGCCACCUCCACCUCCUCCUUCAAGAAGGGACACAGGCUGAAGGAGAAGCUGGCAGAGAUGGAGACCUUCAGGGACAUUCUGUGUCGACAGGUGGACACACUGCAGAAGUACUUUGACAGCUGUUCAGAUGCCGUGUUCAAAGACGAGCUGCAAAGAGACAAAAUUAUUGAGGAUGAUGAAGAUGACUUUCCCAACACCCGCACGGAUGGAGAAUUCCUGCAUAAUGGCAGCAAAGAAAAAUUGUUCCAGUCUUUGACUCCCAAGGGAAUAAAUGGCAUAGACUUUAAGGGUGAAGCCAUCACAUUCAAAGCCACCACAGCUGGUAUCCUGGCCACGCUAACCCACUGUAUUGACCUGAUGGUGAAGAGAGAAGACAGCUGGCAGAAGAGACUGGAUAAGGAAAUGGAGAAAAGGCGGAGAAUAGAGGAGGGCUACAAAUCAGCCCUGAACGAACUGAAGAAGAAGUCCCACUUUGGAGGACCAGAUUAUGAGGAGGGUCCUAACAGCCUCAUCAACGAGGAUGAAUUCUUCGAUGCAGUUGAGGCUGCUCUUGACAGACAAGACAAAAUGGAGGAACAGUGCCAAACUGAAAAGUCAAGGAUACAGAGGUCCAGCCCAGUUCCUACGGUAGACGUCCACUCCCACACUGACUCCCACAGAUUCUCCGACAAGCCUCUUUAUAGUCAGCCCCCCCCUGCUGUCGUAGUCAGGGCUCUUCCUCAUGAUGACCACAGAUAUGGCACACAGGUGGAGGAGAUGGUGCAGAGUCACAGGACCUACUCCCUGCAGGAUGUGGGUGGAGAUGCCAACUGGCAGUUGGUUGUAGAAGAGGGAGAAAUGAAGGUGUACAGGAGAGAGGUGGAGGAGAAUGGAAUUGUUCUGGACCCCCUGAAGGCCACACACUCUGUGAAGGGAGUGACCGGUCGUGAGGUCUGCCAUUACUUUUGGGACACCAGUUAUCGUAGUGACUGGGAGACAACUAUAGAAAACUUCAAUGUCGUGGAGACGUUGUCAGAAAACGCAGCCAUCAUCUAUCAAACACACAAGAGGGUGUGGCCCGCGUCUCAGAGGGACGUGCUGUAUCUGUCCGCCAUGAGAAAGAUUGUAACCAACAACGAGAACGACCCCGACACCUGGAUGGUCUGCAACUUCUCUGUCGAUCAUGACGAUGCACCGCUGAGCAGCAGAUGUGUCCGUGCCAAAAUUAACAUCGCCAUGAUCUGUCAAACCCUGGUCAGUCCACCAGAGGGAGACAAAGAGAUCACCAGGGACAACAUACUGUGUAAAAUAACCUACGUGGCCAACGUUAAUCCAGGAGGCUGGGCUCCCGCCUCUGUGCUCAGGGCCGUGGCCAAGAGAGAAUAUCCCAAGUUCCUCAAACGCUUCACUUCCUAUGUGCAGGAGAAAACUGCUGUCAAACCCAUCUUAUUCUGAGGACCCCAGUGUGGACUUGGAGGUGACUCACUGUGAAGCUCUGAUGACCUCUGAUGACCUCCUGUCCUGUCACCUCCAUCACCUGCUCUGCUGCAGGAACACUGGGCAUGUGUAAUCAUGACAUGUUCAGAAGUCGGGGAUGUGUGGUAAUGGCUCCCUCUAAGGGCUAAUUUAAGAAAUUCCUCAUUUCAAAACUAAUUUGCACUAUCCUUUUAUUCUGCUUUAAUUGACGGCAAACUGAAUUCAAUUCUGAUUCAUUAUAACAAAUGGAACCUGCUCAGACAGUGAGCAGGUUCCAUUUGUUACCCACAAGUCCCUGGUGCAGCACAGGUGAUCCGUCAGAGUCAAAACUAGAAGUGACCUAAGAUGAUGAUGAUGAUGAUGAUGAUGAUGACGAUGACGACGACGAUUCUGUGUAUGAUAGAAUAUGUCAGUGUAUGUAAGAGCUUUGUAAAAACAGAGAAGUAAAAUUAUUAAAGCUUAUUUAUCUUUAUUUUCUUAGUCAUUUCACAGCAUUUUGUGUGUGAGCUGUGACGUGAGCAGUUAAUGUAAGGUGAUCGACUGACGCAUUUUUAAGUCCAACGGGCCUCACUUUUUUGUGACCCCCAGGAACGACUUGACCUCUGUGACCACGUCCCUCUAAUGAAAACAACCUUCUGUUGGUGCUGAUGGAGGGACACGUCCAAAAACAUUUCACAUUCACACACACACACAUCUGUGUAUGAUAGUUACUUCAGCUGUUUUCAGUGUCAUAUGACUUCACCUGGUGUCAGUAACAUUUCUCUGUCUGUGAACUUUCUGUGUUUUGUGAAAAUGUAGCUUCAGACAUGAUGGGUUUUUUCUUCCUUUUGCCCAUAAUGGUUAUUUUCUAAUAUAGUAGAUUCUGCCAAAAGGGGAAAAAUAUUUUUAUUUCAUAUUUCAAGUCAAAAUGUUUGUAAAAUAAUUGUUACAUUAAAAUGAGAGCAAAGACGGUAAGAAAUGGACAUAGACUCCUGGUUUCAGAAGUAACAAAUCAUAUGUUGCAGAAGGGCAGAAUUGCUUCACCUGAUUGGUUGAGCUGUUGACACGUAUCCUCCACACGUUAUUCAGUUGCUCUUGUUCUAUUCAUUUCUAUAGAAUUUUCGUAUCGAGAACUGACUGAAUUAGGUGCACAGUCAUUUUAUGACUGAUAAAUGAUCUAAAAUUGAUUGAUUAAUUACCGGUAGCUGAUCAAUCCUAAUUCUAAUCAUGAUAAUGGUAAUUAAUAAUGAUUAAUCAUGAACAAACAUGUUCAAUCGCUGGGAGUUAAGACUAUUUUAAGAUUCUGGUGCUUCAGUUAAACGAACGUUUUUAUUGCAUGGUGUGAAAAUGACAACGUGUAUUGACUGUGUAUUAGAGCAACAAUGAGUGGAUGGAUGGUAGGAUUAUUUGAUACACACUGUACAUCAUGCUGCCCAUGCAUUAAAGGUUACUCUGAAAUCAGGAGAAAACUCCAAGAGAGUUCACUUGCAUGGCCACAUCCAUUCCCUUUUUUUACCGUCAAUAAACUUGAAUGUUAGCCAAUAAUUGGCUCAUCUUGAUACAUUCUGUUCAAAAGUGCGAAUAAAAAUGUUUUCCCCUUUUCUCAAAAAUCACUUUUGUCAUGUCUUCAAAUUAAACAGCCGACAGCCUGCAGGUGUGGCUGAGACACGCAGAGGUCACAUGACACUCAGACAUGUGCCGUGUUUUAUAAUGGAAUUAAAGAUGUUUAUCCUCCAAA